AGAAUCCUGGCCCGUGGACUUGACAUUGAUGGCGGCCUCGAGGUUCCUGCGGGAUGAGGAAUCAUCCUUGAAAUAGAGGUAGAUGUGAGGAGACUUGGGAUCCUCCUGCUCGGUUUGAGCGGUGUAGCGGGUUGGCUGGGCAAUCCAGACGCCAUAGUGGGGGAUAGUCAUUUUGAUGAGAAUUGCUUUUGAAUGCUGUGGAAGAGACUGAUGAAAUGGGGUGGGAAUGCAGUCAGCAGCUUAACAAUGACAAUAGCCAAACUCCGAGGGGUAACGGCGACCCCCUUAUAAACCCCGCCGGCUCCAUGAUCGUCACACCAGCCGCGUCGGAAGAUAAGCGAUGUCAGAUGCAUCAACAAAUCGAGCGACGCUCUCAAGCCAGCGAUAAGCCAAGCGGGAGAAUGGUUUGCCCCACGUGCCCUUCACGGGAGAGGCCGUCAAGGCCGAUGGCGGGCGGGAUCCCAUCGCCGCAACCAACCAGCCCUAAUUCUCAAUGCUUAGCGUUUCUUAGCCGCCCACCGGCUAUCGUCACCUAUCGAUCCCGUCUGUGCUGGGCUCGUUCAUUGGAAGGUGCAUCGGCACUUGGCUCCUUGAUCGGCGACGCCCGGCUGUGACUUGAUUGCGCUGACGUAGUGCGUCAUUUCAGCUGGCCUAGGCUUCUUUUUGGAUGGGGAGAUUGAUGUGUCAGGCUUAUGUGUCAGGCCACUGGUCACAUUGAUGCACUUUGGUCAUGCUGUCUACAAAUAGCGGCAUGUUAUGCGAUGGUGGUGGGCUAUAUGAUUGCCUCU